AUGGUGGGGGCGCGCGGAAAAGAUGACCUCGAGAGAGCAAGCGGACUCCGCAGACGCGUGUGCAACGGUGCAGCGCCACUGCACAGCCGAUCUCCGCCCCUCUUCAUCCUUCUCUCGCUGUGUUGCAUGCCGUUCGUUUUCUUGCCUUGUUUUUUUUGGUUUCCUCAACUCAUAGAUGACGCUGUAGCCAGCGCACGCAGACACACGCACAUCCACUCCAUCUCCCUUCUCGUCUGCUUCCUCCUCCCCCCCCCCCCGCGCUCCACACACACAAUGUUCAGUGGGCCUUACCGCCCACGAGAGGUGCCUGUGCCGGCCAGUGACGAUCAACAACUCAGAGAGAAGGCGGCCGACUCGGCCGCAGGUGACUUCGGCACCUACCCGGUACUGCAACGCCCAGCCAGCAACAUUGGGAAGCGGAUUGGGGGCAUGGGCUCUUCCUCAGCGGAUGGCCCUCAGACAUCACCGCCGCUGUGCGGCAUCCCGUGGAAUCGCCUCUACGGCGCUAGCACGUACAGAAGCCCACUCGGGCACCAGUAUCACGCCGAUGAGGUACCGCCGUCCUCCUCGGUAGUCGCAGCAGCGCCGUCCACGGCUGCCUCACGUCGUUACCAACAGCUAGCAGCGCAGCACCUCUAUGGCGCAGCGAGCAGCAUCCCAGCGGAGGUGUUGGCGCCAAGCUCUAUCACACCAGCCACCGCUGGCUCUGGCGCUGGUGUUAGGACGGUGCCCUUCUCCCAACUGCGCUACACAGACUCGAGUGGCCGCCCUCUUCCCAGUGCGCACGAGAGCGGGUCUCUGCUGCACGGAGCGAAGCGAGACGGCCGUAGCGGCGGCCCAGCGUCAGACAACCCCGCCGCAGGCUCUAGCAGAGAGCGUGGGGCCGCCAUGGAGGAGUGCAAUGAAGCGAAUGAGCUGAGCGCACACAGCACAUCGGCGGUGACGGCUGGAGCAGCAUUGCGUGCGUCGUCAGCUCAGGGGCUCGGCGAUGGCCAGUCAGCGAGUGCGAUGAAGCGAUCCCCAUCCGCGUGCAAGGCCUCUCAACUCUCACCAAUGCAGUCGCGGCCGUCGACGACGGCGCCAUCGUCGAACACAACCGUGGCCGUCACGGCGGAUGAUCGGCCACGAAGUUGCGGCAGUUCGACGCGGCGUGAGCUACAGCGACAGCUCCAGCGGCAACGGUCUCGAUCGUUUCCCUCGCGCGUUACAACUCCAGCGACGUUCACCGCGGGCAAGCAUCCGCCGCCGCCGCGCACGGCGCACUGGGCGGUGAAGCUGAUCGAGGACUUUGUGACACAGGUGGCGGUGCAGCAAGAGUCAGCUGCGACGGCGCCGACCAUCGCAUCGUUCUACGGUGUGGCAAAUGCUUUGGGCAGGAAAGCGACCGCCGGCAGUCGCGACGCCACCACCACAACCACUGUGGCCGACCUCACUGCGACCUUCUUGUCCUCACGCUACGGGGUGCUGCAGUGGCGCCACAUACUGCACGAGUUUGCGGCCUGUCUGCACCGCUAUCGGCUACUAAGCCCCGCGUGCGCAGUGUUCCGCGAGUACUUUAUCCAUGUCGACGCAGAAAACCUCGCCGACUUCCACUUGUUCUGUCGGCUCUACGCGGCUGGCGAUAUUCAGCACUGCUCGACGGUAGAGACGCGGCGUGUGGCACUCGCGACAGCCACCGCUGCCACCGCGCAUACCAUCGUGUCGCGUCGCUACAUCGACGAACGGGAGGUGGGCGAUCGGCUGCAACGCAUGCUGCAGUGUGUGGUGCUGAUUGACUGUGCGCCUUGCAUCGUCGUCGGGGCGGACGGUGGGGCUGCCAGCUGCGCUGCGUCAGGUGAUGUGUCGGUGUCUCGUCAGCCCCGGGUACGUGUACAGUAUCGUUACGCCCGUGACCCUCCUGCCCGCACAAAGUGGGUGCCGCGACAGCGGCAUCUCACUGUUGACGAGAUCCGCGGGGUCAAGAAGGCGGUGCUUGGCUGGAUCGACGAGGCGACUCGCAAGGGCACUUAUGAGCGUAGCUGCGGUGCAGUGGGGCCGUACGAAGCGGCCGGUACGGAGAAUGAUGCGUGGCCUGAGGCGGCAGGGGUAGAUCUGCAGCGUGUAUUGUUUGACCGCGAGGGCUGUGUGGAUGCGUAUGCGCUGUUGCAGGUCACCCUAGAGGCGGUGAAGCUGGUGUGCAGCAGCCGUCACCCUUCGCCUGAAAGACGCAACGAGGAGGCGGGGCACGUUGGCGACGGCGACGGCGACGGUGGCGUCAAGCGAAUCGAAAAUGCGUCUCGGCGCGCCCAGCACCUGCAGCAGCAGUAUCAGCCGGUGAGACGCACUGCCUGCAGUCAGCAACGGCUGCGGGAGCUUGUGCCGCCACCGUCGCAGGAGUACAUGUAUCCACUGGAGGAAGUGAACUUGUCUCCCCCGCGGCCUCAGUACCGCAGUCCUGUGCAGAGGCCCACACGGUCCGAAGGCGAAGACGAUGGCAGAGCUGAGGCUCGGUGCAUGACACAGACACGCCAAGAGCCCUCCUACAUGCAAUCUCGCACGUCCGCCUCCACCGGCAUCUCCGCCGCCCAUGCGUUGGCGGACAGCUUUUUGUUCUCCCCGUCCGGUAACGACACUGUGUCACAGCGCCGCAGCCGCAGCAGCAGCAGUCGUUCUAGCUCACGGCGCCUCCGUCCAUCUGCCGGACAACGAACAUCUCCGCUCCUACCAUGGCGGCAGGUGACGGCGACAAAGGUGCGCCGUGGUAACUCACCCGAAAGUCAGGUGCAGCAGCAGGGGCAGGGCAAGGGGGAGCGGGAGGUGGAGGAGAGCCGCCCUCGCUCGUCGCGCGACGGGCCCUACCUCCAUCACCCAUACGUGGCACAGUUGCACGGCAAUCAGCUGUGGGCGGAGGCACAACAGGAGGCCGCGGCAGCGUCGCAACGGCGAGACAGUUGCUGGCGCGAUCACUACCCGCGCAUCUACCCGCGUGUGCAGAGCACUUCAUCACCUCGAAAGCCCACCAAUGGCGCAUGCGCAGCGCACGCCACCUUUGCUUUAUCAUCGUCUCCAGUGGACGCCACCAUUGACUCCAUCGAUGCGGAGCUGCGCCGACGCCAGGCACGCGGCCGUGGCGGUGACUUGAUCGAGCCACGUCAGAUGACGGCCAACUCGGUCAAUUUCUCAUCGCGUGCGUGUGCUGCGCCAGAGGUGCUCUUCUUCGCAAGCACGCAAGAGAUGCGCUGUGGUGCGCGCCCUGCUAAUGGCCUCCAGCUGCCCAGGUCGUUCUCCCCAGUUGAUCCACCAGCUUCCACCGUUACAUACCCCUCGCGCAUCCAUUCUGCCGCGGCGAGGCCACCCCGCACCAUGCCAUCUCCGACGGCUGCCAAGGUCGCUGUCGCCUCUACCGGGGCUCACCCCAGCCACGAGGACGCGGCAGCCAUGGCGAGCAACGCGGUUUUGCUAACCAAUGAAGAGCGAGCAAUGCUGGAUCAGCUGGCGGUCGCUCUGGACCGACUCGACACGCAGCACCAACGCAAUCACGUAACCCUCGCUUCUACUGCGGUGGCUGGCGCGACCGCUGCGAGAAAGGCACACGCAUAG